GGAGACGAAGAACUAUUUCUCUAUCUCUUAAGCUCUAAUUAAGUUACCAAACACACCCAUACACGAAGAGAAAAAUGGCACAGCUGAUGAAGCUACUUGUGACAAUUGCAUUAACAUUCACAAUUACAACCGCCACCGUCACCACAACAACUACCAAAACCAACCCCACGACCGAAACAUUUGCUCUCAAAGACCCUUUCAAGGACCUUACAUCCCUUAAGAUCAGACCGAGUCGGUUCUUGGCCCAAACAGAUGGCAAGGGUCAAGGGCCUAAAGCCCAAAACCCAAAUGCAGCCAACACAUGCAAAAGAGAUUCAGAGAUCUGCAGUAGCACCGGAGCAAAGUCUACAUUGACUUGUUGCAACAAAAAGUGUAUGGAUUUAUCAACCGACAAUCAAAACUGCGGUGCGUGUAAGAACAAAUGCCCGUACGGGACAACAUGUUGUGGCGGUAAGUGCGUUAGCUUGAAUUACGAUAAUGACCAUUGCGGUUGGUGUAACCAUCGUUGCAAACGAAACACGCAUUGCUUCCUCGGUCUUUGUGACUACGCGUGA